AGAAGAACUAAAUCGCGUGAGAAGUACGCGCAAAAGCAACCAAAAAUGGUGAAGAAAUUCAGUACAGAUAGAAUAUAAGUUGUUAAUGGGAAUCAAUCACCGUCCAAUCCUCUAAACACUGCGCUGUACUAAUAUCAUUUAACACUAAUCAAACUAUUUUAACUGUUUUAUUUCACUUCUCUCUCUACAAACUAUAAUCUUUGCAUUUUAUUUUAGUUUUUUAAAAUCUUUCUCAAAGUUGUUAGCUUUAAUCCGUUUUGGUACCUGGGCUCUCUUUAAAUUUAAGUUUGGAGCUAAUAAAACACAAAAAAGAUACAAUCUUUGACCAGGAAAAUAAAGUUUUUGGUUGAAUAUAAAAUGACUGUGGAGCAAGGUGUUGGAGAAGAUAAAGACCAGUUUCCAAUUGGUAUGCGGGUUUUGGCUGUUGAUGAUGACCCGACUUGUCUCUUGUUGCUUGAGACUGUUCUUCGUAGAUGCCAGUAUCAUGUUACCACGACGAACCAGGCAAUAUCAGCACUGAAGAUGUUGAGAGAAAACAAGAACAGGUUUGACUUGGUUAUCAGUGAUGUUCAUAUGCCGGAUAUGGACGGUUUUAAAUUGCUGGAGCUCGUGGGGCUUGAGAUGGACCUACCUGUCAUAAUGCUGUCAGCAAAUAGUGAUCCAAAGCUUGUGAUGAAGGGAAUUACUCAUGGAGCUUGUGAUUAUUUGUUGAAGCCUGUUCGGAUGGAGGAGUUGAGAAACAUCUGGCAACAUGUGAUUAGGAGAAAAAAAACUGAUAACAAAGAUCGGAGUAACUUUGAUGACCAAGAAAAGUUUUCUCGUGGAAGUGGUGAAACUACAGCUGACCAGAAACUUAAUAAAAAAAGGAAGGAUCAGAAUGAAGAUGACGACGAGGAUCGUGAUGAGAAUGAAAAUGAAAAUGAAGAUCCUAUAGCACAAAAGAAACCUCGAGUUGUUUGGUCAGUGGAGCUGCAUCGCAAGUUUGUUGGAGCAGUUAAUCAGUUGGGCAUUGACAAAGCUGUGCCCAAAAAGAUUCUUGAUUUGAUGAAUGUUGAAAAGCUUACACGAGAAAAUGUCGCGAGCCAUCUCCAGAAAUAUAGGCUUUACCUUAAAAGGAUCAGCACUGUGGCAAAUCAGCAAGCCAAUAUGGUGGCAGCUUUAGGCAGUUCAGAUUCGUCCUUUUUACAAAUGGGUUCUGGGCUUGGAUUCCACAAUAUAGCUGGAACAGGGCAGUAUCACAAUGCAGCUUUCCGAUCUCUUCCACCAAGUGGAAUUCUCGGUAGGCUGAACUCCCCUGCUAGUCUCGGUAUGCGCGGUCUUCCAUCUCCUGGAGUGAUUCAAUUGGGUCAGUCACAAAGCACAGGUCAUUUAACUAAUAGUCAGAGCCACUUCCAGUCAGUUCUACUCCCUCGAAAUGAUGCAAAUAUACUUCAAGGGAUGCCGACAUCAUUAGAACUUGAUCAAAUACAAUCUAACAAGGAUAUUACCUACCUCAGAGAAUUGCCUACUGAUAUUAAUGAUGCAAGUGCAUUUUCUGUUUCUAAUGGCUUCCCGGAUACGAAAAUAAUGGUCGGAAGCUCGAACAGUCAUUUUCUUGGCAUUUCAAACAAACCCUUGAUGUUAGAAGGGAAUACUCCAGGGGCUUCUCUUACUGUACCCCGAUUAGAUUCAGGAUUUGCUUCUCAUUUUCCAGAUCCCGAUAGAUGUAAUGACAACUGGUCAAAUGCUGUACAAUCAAACAGGGUGCAAUCAAAUUGCUUUAGACAAUCCACUCUACAUUCUAGUAACAUCAGAGAUAGAUUGUCAACAAUGGGUUUGCAUACCGGGAAUAAUGCUCCUGACGCCUCUUCUGUUUCUACUCUGCCGAUUCAUCUGCAGGAGUCUAAGCUAGAUUCACAUAACCAAAUGACUUCAGUUGGAAAUAAUGCGGGGCAAAUAAUUAAUAAUACCACACAUGGGUGGGAUGACCAAAGGCAAGAUGCCAGUUACCACUCAAAUGCUGUAUGUAGCUCAAUAAACUCGGCACUUCCUAUUCAUCGUACUGGGAAUCCAAUGGACCAGAGUUUAGAAGCAAAUAACACAAUUUUUCAUAGAUCCAUGAGCUUCAACUCACCAAGGCAAUCAAAUUUUAUUGAUACGUCGUUGACGAAGCAUAAUGAUGUUGAAAAUUUGUCCAUGGGGACAAUGAGGUCAAAUGAAGGCUACUUCUUGGCCCAACAGAAACCACAAGGCAGUUAUCUUUCUAAUAACUUUGGCUCCUUGGAAGAUUUGGCGAGUGUGAUGGUGAAACAGGAGCAAGAUAAGGCGACGUUCGCAGAAGGAGAAUUUGGCUGUAAUUCUUAUUCUCUUAGGACAUGCAUGUAGAGAAGAUUGAUCUGCAACAUGUUUUUCCAGCCCAUGUAAUUGAUACUAUAUUUUCUUUUCUUCUCUAGACAACUUAACUGUAUGUUCUUAGAAAUUGUUUCUAUUUUUAGCAGAGCAAACUCCUCUUACUUAAUUUGACCAAUUAGUACAAUUCUGUUAUAGAAUUUUCCAGAAACAUCUUUAUUUUGUAGAAAGUUCUUAUUUUUUUUA